CCCCGGCCCGGAUGGUGGGACCGGGCCCGGGCUCCCACCGCCAUCUCCGCCUCAGCCAGAGCCAUCUGGCCCCCACCCCUGGCUAGGGACCCCCCCGGGGACAAGCCCCUUCUCCCCGCUGGGAGGGGGAGCCUCCCCACUCCGGGCAACUCCAGCCUCUCUGGAUCAGGAUCAGGAUCGCAGUUCACAAUUCAGGAGACCUCAGCGCAUUUGGACCAUUACUUCCCCUUUCCCAGGACUGUCAAUGGCAGGAUACCAGCUCUGGUCACCAUGGACCCCACUGGACGAGAGCUUCCAAUGGCUGCGGCACACAACACCUACACCUUCUUCAAAGCAUCCCUUUAGGGCUUCCCCCUGUUUCCCACAUACCCCUUCUGACCUUGAAGUGCAGCUGUGUUUUCAAGAGGUCACUCUAGUCUUAGACAGCCCAUUUCUGGAGCCUGGGAUGAGUCCCAAGUUACCCUGCCACACAUCAGAGCUCCGAACCAUAAACAACAAGAAAGGGCUGGUCAGGAAGCCCCAGCCUGUCCGCCUCAGUGGAGUGGAUUCUGUGUUUGGCAGGGUCAUCACAGCUCAGCCACCGAAAUGGACUGGGACCUUCAGAGUUUCAGACAAAUCAGCCUUUUGCAAAAUCAUCAGCCGGGAGAACCAGUGGCCCACUGGACUUAAGGAACCUCAGAUUCAGAUGACAGUGACCAUGUGUAAACAGAUGCUGCGCUCUAUCCUUUUACUGUAUGCAACGUACAAGAAGUGCACCUUUGCCUUGCAACACUCCAAGUAAAGGAUCCCCAUGUGAUUCCGUUUCUUAUAACACAUCCUAUGCUGUGUGCCUGAAGCUUACAGAAACCUGUUCAUGUAAAGGAAACUGACAUCACCUGAGCCAUCUUGCUUUUCUGUCAAGCACUGACAAUUCAGGAACCCCUUUCCUCCUUUCCUCCCCAAAGGCCAGUGACAGAGCAAAGGAGAGCAUUUCCAUUGUAAAGAUGAACAACAUUUAAAAGAGAGUCAAACUAGUGUUGACAUGUACAUGUGAGAAAGAACCAUUAAACCGUAUAAACCAAUGAGCCUAGUGUGAACUCACUUAAACAUCUAAGACCAAAAUGAGUUGGGAAAAUGGGUAUCAAGGAAGGAAAUAAUGGCUUUCCAUGUACAUGAGAAUGAGGGGGUCAAAAAUCUAUAGACGACUCAAGCAUUAAAAAAAAAAAAAAAAAAUCUCCCCCCAUCAAAUCAACAACAAAAAUCUUAAUCAA